CGCUGGUCAUCUUGUGUGCUGUGGCAUAAAAGUGUGCACAUCGACGUCCGUGACUGGUGAAGGCCUUUGCAUACAAACUUCGCGGCUUCAAAGCAAACCACACAAGCUGUGGUUUCAGUUUUACUGCGACAGUGUUAUUAAGAGAAGUGACCAUGCUUUCUAUUUGCUAUUCUAUUAAUUUGACCUCUUUGAACGGGUACCAUGAACUUGUAUACAGUGUGGUGCUCUCUGCAAGUUGUUACUUAGACAGCUUGAAUAAGCCGCCGUGUCGAGAAAAAGAACCAUUCUGGUGUCACGCGACCGACAUCCUUUACAUUGACGGAGUGAAAAGCAGCCCCAAAGCAGCGUUUUGUGUGCGAAAAUUGCUUCUCUAGUUAUCUCUGCCUGUGUUCACAAUGCUGGAUGUUGAACACGAGAAGUAAACAAAAAACCAUAUCUGACCACUUUUGCGAGCUAAUACGAUAACCGUUCAGCCUUGUAAUUUAGUUAUUGCACUUUAUGCAUGCUGUGCAAGCUACAGUCUUGCGGUAGUUUUACAGCCUGCGUGAGUCCUACCCUGCCUUGCCUAUAGACAGAUCAAGCGAUACAUAGCCGAUAUUUAGCGGUCUGCAGAAAUGCUCGCUUCAUUCUUGCAGCUAUCUUUAUAAAAUAAUAUACACGCGGAUCAGCUGAGGGUUCACUACGCAAACACUGCAUAGUAGUUUAACGUUUGUUGGACUAGAAUUUGUUACCUUAUGAGUGCAGUCAUGCGCACCUGUGCACAUGUUGCAGCCGCGCAUCGAAGUGGCAGACGAAAUACGGAUUCCAGGUCCCUCUAUGCCUGCAUCACUUUGCUUCGAUGCACAAAUGAGAAACUCAUCUCUCUGUUCGAAAAUGGGGGAAUGUCAAGCCGGCGUUGCAGAGCACGAAUGCAUGAACAAGAAAUUUUGAAGCAGGUACAAGGCUUCACGGAGAAUGUUUGCGCUCCAGCGUAGCUGCAAAGGCAUGAGUGGCAAGAACACAAGCACCAAUCAUCCUACAACACAUUUGAGUUACAAUUGCACAUUAUUUCUUUCCCUGCACGAAAUAUAGAGCUAUGCCUGCGUCUUGAUGGAGGUGCGUCUAUUCGUGAUUUCAAAUGCUCGGAAGCAUCACUUAUUUGUCAUAUUCCAAAAAAAUUCCUUCGGCAUGAAGUGCGCACCGCAAACCUUCAUCGCUUCUGUGACAGCUUUGCCAAUCCGCAGCGCAAUAAUCAAUUUCUUCCUCAUGGGCACAGCCGGUGGGAACGAGUGAAGGCUCACAUCACCUACCGCAUAACUACCGCUUGGCACCCAUUGCGGCACGCAGCAAAUACAGUUACUCCUAUGUUUGCUCAUUCUGAGCAUGUUAAGUGUCAUUCAGGAUCCCACAGGAGCUUUGAACGCGUUAAAACAUCAACCAAAAGUGAAGGAAAAGCGUACACAACACCAAUACGCUACCCGAACGGGCAGCAGCCAGUGGCAAGUAUAAUCUUUCGAUUGUUUCCGGCCGCCGCCGCACGACGGCGCCACCGUACGUGAAAGCUGCGAAUAGGCUUGGGGUGAAGCCUACUUCCUGUUUUCUGCCUUGUGUUUCCCCCUUACUGCUGAAAAAGAUUCCACAAACUGUUUUUCUUGUAGUUGAUUAUGCUUAUUCUCAAUGUGAUUUGUGCACUUAGAUUGUAGAAAAUAAACAUAUUUCUCUAGUAUUUAUAUGUGCCGUCAAUAAAAGGUUUAGCAUAACAUAAAAACUGCAAGACAAAUCCAAUGUCUGUGUAUUGGGAGCGUAAGAUUUUAUCUACCAAGGCUAGUUAUUCUUGUAGUGAUAACAAUGCUUUUUUUUUAAUGCUUGGAACUGGACCUGUAUUCUCCUCUAUUAGUACUUGUGCUGUCAAUUUAGCCUCUUAUAAAUGCUGUGUUGAUUCCUCUAGCUUUUUUAUAUAGUUUCACAUGUUUCUCUUUUUAUUUCUUUUACUUUCUUUCAUUUGUGUUAAUAUUUGAUUUUAUAUGCUUCAUGUGUUCAAAUAUCUAUUGAUGCUCUUGUCAUGCUGUAUCGUGAUGCGAAGGAACAUGUAAUACUUAGUAUUAAUAAAUAAAUAUUAACAAAUGAAUCAUUGAUUUUAUGAGCGAAUGCAUAAGUGACUAUUUAGGCGUCGUAUCGAAAUUGGUUGCCAAAUCCCAUCUGUGUUGAAGCCAUAAUGUAUAUAUCAAGGAUAAUUGUACACAGAGAUGUUGCAGAUACAGGAGUUAUUGUGAGACAUGUACUGCACCAGCACACUGUAGAUGUCGGAGUAAUAUUUAGGUUGCCAGGCCAAAGCUCAUCAAGUUUUUUGCUUUCGAGUGAGGCAACACUUUUUGAUUGCCAGAUGUAGUACUUUAGUUCCAUCACAUAGAUGACACAGUACUACAUCGACUUCCUGUGCUCCUUCUGGCAUUGCAGAUUCCUUGCGAUUGGCAUCCCGUGAGCGGUACCUUUCACUGGUCUCUGUAUGUGACCAGCUGCAUUGCUGCCGGCAGUGCACUUACAAGACUGGGCACAAGAAGCACAUGGCCCAGCACCUGCGCAUACACACAGGCGAGCGCCCCUUCAAGUGCCACCUGUGCCCGGAAGCAUUCACCCAGGAUGGCAACCUGAGGCGCCAUUUGUGCACUCACACAGGAGAGCGCCCCUACCAGUGCCCCCUGUGCCCGGAAGCAUUCGCUCAGAGUACCACCCUGAGACGCCAUAUGAGCACCCACCCAGAUUCCUCGCUGUCAGUAUCCCCUGAGGAGUACCUUUCACUCGUGUCCGUAUGUGGCCAGCUGCAUUCCUGCCGGCAGUGCCCUUACCAGACUAAGCGCAAGGAGCACAUGACCCAACACGUGCGCGUACACACAGGCGAGCGCCCCUUCAAGUGCCAGCUAUGCUCAGAAGCAUUCGCUCAGACUUACGACCUGGCAUGCCAUCUGCGCACCCACACAAAAGAGCGCCCCUACCAGUGCCACCUGUGCCCAGAAACAUUCACUCAGAAUAGGAGCCUGAAACGCCAUAUGCGUACCCACACUGGAGAGCGCGCUUUUCCCUGCGUCCACUGUGGUGCAUCCUUUUCACGGAGAGACGGCCUCUUGCGCCACAUGACCUGUCAUUUGGAGGGGAAGACCUGAAGCUCGGGCUCGAAAUUUUGUCGUAGAUCAACCGAUUGACCUUUUUUUUUUCUGGCUCUCUAUACCAAAGAGCUUUUCUUGUAAUAUUACCCAGAGGAAAGUUGACCAUGCCAUACAUGAGAAUUUUUUAUAGAGUGCCUUCAUGUCACGUCACCUAUCCCAGCAUAACGAAAUUUUGUAUUGAUUGUGGAUUGGUCUAAAAUAUGUUCGUCACUGUGUAAAUAAGUUUCUUGGAAUUACUCGUAAGAUAAAAAUUCAGCAAGAAAAGAAACAGAAACAUACAAUUGAGUCUGGCGCAGUAGUAUGUGCCAAAUUUCUUGUCUUUCGAACACAUUUAAGACAUUGUUGGUGGAGUUCACAUUUGACAUAAUUGUGCUUCCUAGUUUAAAUGCUUAUGUUUUAGUAACAGAUGUUUAUUUAUUAUUACAACCUGACUACCUUUGUACACACUGUUUUAUUACAGACUAAACUAUUGUGCCAGCUGAAAUGUUCCUGAGCUGGUCACAAGCUGAAAUGCAUGCCUCGGCAGAGUUGGUUCUCAAGCUUCAAACGUCCAGUGUCAUACUUGUGGUUCAGCAUUAGCAAAGCCUGUCACUCUGGUCGGCAUUCGCACAACAAGGCAAUGACAUGAGAAAGUGAGCGCUGCAAUUUUUGAGAAGCCAUCAGUGAUGUUUAGUGAUGUCAUGUCUGGAAACCGAGUAAAGCUUGUAUGCUGUAUUGAAAUGGUGUGGUGGGUGGUGCCUCUGGUCGGAAUCAGCCACUGAGAUAUCUAGACAUGCGGACUGGUAAAUAAGUUGUCUACAUGCACUCGUGUCACAUGUCUUGCAUGAAUUGAUGAUAGCAUGAUAUUUCUUGUAGGCUUACUGAAUAUUACCCAUAGGUCCUCAUGACGUAACAAAUACUAAUAGCUAUUGGGCCUGAACUGCUAAUUACACAGUACUGCAAAAUUAACCCUGUACUGCGGCUCCUGUAUUAUUGUUUUGAAAGUAAAUAAUAUAUAUUUUUUUUUUCUAUGCCAUUUACCACAGAACCUCGUGAAAGAAAGAAAUGUCACAAAAGCACCUAGAGCCAAAUUCAUUCAUUUAGUGUGAAAUUCAGCCAAAAUAAUGUGCGGGCUAGCUCCUAUAUCCCUAGGUAACAUGUUAUGCUUAUCAUGCAGACCUGCUCAGAAAAUAUAACAUUCCAGCAUUGCGCAUUGUGCAGUGAAUGUUGACACUAAUGCGGUUAGCAUUAAAGUGGUGUAGCGACAAACUGUAUUGCCACUGCCAUAAUGCGUCAUGUUUGAGAUGUGAAUGCAGCCAGGCUCUCUUCUCGCGCAUCCCUCUAUACACACUGUACGAUCUAUUGGUACCACAGUAAAAUUUGUGCAUGAUACAUCUCUGAAUAUACGUGGCGAGGGUUUGAUUCUACCCAACAGAAUUUCUAAAGGAUUUUUUUUUUACUUUGGUGAGUGCCACACAUGGGCCCCUGGCACACACCCAGUGACAAAAAUUGGCAUCAGAGAUUCAUGGAAGAGCAGCAGACACCCAGUGUCACAUAAUCAAAGACUCAAGUUGCUCUAAAGGUUGGUUUCAAAUGCAGAUCCUUCAACACAGCAGCACAGUGCUCAGCCCAUUAACCCAAUGACUCAAGUUGGCUAGAAAAUGGUUGGAAACAAUGAUAACUACCGAGAAGGGCAUAAAGUAUCCUAAGAAUGUUAAGUGAAUCGAAAAGUGAGAUCAGCAGCUUGAAAAACUUGUUUGUGCUUUGUCUGGCACCUAGAAUUUCCGCUGGUGUUAAGAUUUUGGAGUGUGUAAAGCACAUGCCAACUGGACUUUACACAGGUGAAGCCAGCAGUAUUGCAGCUUCAAAGCCCUGUCUGAGCAAUCUGGAAACUUCAAAGAGUACAAGUUCCUGCCCACGAAGCCUCUAGAGCUGCAUGCAGAAAUUUAGUGAAGAUGGCAGCCAAGACCAUAGCCAGAAUAGCAACAGCUAGCAGGGCGUGUCCUGACCGACAGCAUGCGACCACAGGCAUUCUCACCAUAGCCUGCCGAGCAGGAGUCUACACAGGUUGCAGCCAUCGUCACCACCACAGUCCUUUAUUUCCAUGUUACCAGCAUUGUGACAUUUGGAUUGUGUUUUGUUAAGAGCUAAUGUCAGCGAGUCUGGGCAGCGUGCACUAUUUGCUCAUUACACCACAUUCUCAAAUCUGUUUCAUGCAGUGAGCUUUGUAUUUGGAAAUAUUUAAAGAGAAGUAUGUUGGCUCAAAUGCAAGUAAGUGUAGUAAGGGUGAGAACUUGGACAAGUUUGUCAUUUGCAGUAGAAGUAAGCACGAUGCACAUGACAGAGAUGUGAUCUUCUGUAUUCUAUAUUGUCUUCCUUUGUUUCACGUAUUUAUUUAUUUUAAUUUAUGCAUGUAUUCAUUCACAUGCACACACACACUCUCCAGCCAGCUGGGGACGUGGCAGAAGUGAAGAAAAUGUUCGUGUAUUAAAUUUUUGUUGCACUGUGCUUGUCCUUGCCACAUGCACUCAUUCUCAAACUAUAUACCAGGUGUUUCUGUGAAGAAUAUGAGCAAUUUUUUAAAAUCGCUUUUUGCAGAUAGUAGCAAAAUUCUUGUCCUUGAGCUCGUCUACUCAAAGAGCUGGACAUUACUUGCAUGAGCGAUCGAAAUGCAUGAUGACUAAUUAACAAAAUUUCACUGUUGAAGUUUUUAACCAGUUACUUUAUGGCACAUGUUGCACUUUACAAACUGUAGUCGGUCAGACUGCAAAGCAUAUCUACUUAAAAAGAAUUGUGGAGGUGUCACCAUAUUUGAGAUACGUGUCAUCAAACUUGCGGUAAAAAAAUGCACUGUCGUUCCACUUACAUUUUUAAUAAAACACCAUUUUAUGCAUUGAAGCAUAAGAGUAGCUUGGCUGUCAUUGUAUUUUUUUGCAAAGUUCAGAAAAUAACAGAGAGUUUUAGUUUUGUAGACACAAGGCAUUGGGGCCCCUAGCGCUUGGGUGCGUUUGUGUUUGUGUACGCAAGCACAAACACGUUAUAUGUUAGCGGCCCAAAACGCAAGCCACAGUGAGGUCGCAUGCGCUCGCAGCGCCAUCAACGUCUGAUCUUUGCUGCGUUAUCAUUUUUUUUUAAUAUGAAAUCAAGCAUAUGAAGUAAAGCACAUAAAACUAUUCUUAUUAAAAGCAGCUAAUAGAGAGGCUUAGCGUAUCCGGUAUUUGGGUAAACGCAGGCGGGUGCAGGUUGGGGUGGAGCCGUAAACGGGAGCGUCCUGCAUGGUGCAGCCACCUGGUGGCGCAAAGAUCAAACAGACAAAAACAGCUAACACUGCAGCAACCAAGUUUAUUUUACUUUGCUGCGGGUGUAAAUUUUUGGCAGCAACACGAUUACGCCAGUGCCGAAGAUUUACACCAGCAGCGAAGUAGAAUAGACUUGGUUACAGCAAUAUUAGCUAUCUUUGUAUGUUUUAGCUUUGCCCCACCAGGUGGAUGCACCAUGCAGGCUGCUCUCGUUUUCUCCCCCACCCCAACGCCCCGCUCACCUGCAUUUAGCCGAAUUCCGGACACGCUAAACCUCUCUAAUAUAUAUAAAAACGACGUCUGUCGACACUUGGCGAAAGAUUUAUAAGAUUAUCUACCUGCUAGCUACUCGUAAGUUCUCGUACACAGCGAGAGUCACGUGGGCAAUGUGACCGCUUAGGGGCAGCAAUGUUUUCGGCCGCCCCAAGAACCCAAGGACGCAAGUAGACGUAUCGGUCUGCACAUGCGUAGUACCGUCUCCCCUAGUUCUUGCGUACGCAAGCGGCUUGCAUCCCCUAAACUAAAACUCUCUAAUACCUCGAAAUCAGUGUCAUCCUGAGAAUUCAUUUCAAGUGAAUCUCCCUUGCAAAUUGCCCGGUUUCAAUUUGGAAAUUGCAAUACCUGCUGUUAAAUUACUGUUUCUUUAUUGUUUAUUUCAGUGCCUAUAAACAGCUGUAAAGCCUUAACAACGGGUCGCUAGUACACACAAGAGCAUGAACAUAACAAAAAAUGAACACAGAACAGCAUUUCCACCAAUAUCGCACGCUAAAGUAGUUAUACAAGUCAUGAGUUUGUUUAAGAAGACUAAGAGAUGUGCUUAAGAAAUAAUUAGUUCAAAACUCAGAAAAGUUUUUUAUUUAGCCGAUUAUGCAUUUCGAUUUCUUGUGCAAAUAAUUUCCACCUGUAUGAGCUGUCCAGCUCACGGAUUUGAAUUGUGCUAUCUGCCACAGGUGAUUUCUGAAAAUUUAUUAAAAUCUUUGCAGGAACGCCCAGUAUACAGGCCAGCCAUUUUUGGGGGUUACAUGUGAUAUCAUUGCAGUAUCUGCUUAGGGCUUACAUUUCGACCCCAUUUCUGAAUACUAGCCAUAUUUUUUCAAUGGGUAUUUGUAUAACAUGUCUUGUAAAGCUCCUGUUUUCAUUGGUGUAGAAUAAAUGUUAAAGUUAUGUAGGCUUUAAUGCUGUGGAGAUGUUUCUCCUAAGCAACCCUGUAGAUUCACUCUGUCAUUCUACAGCUAUAUUUGGCUACGGUCUCAGGUAUAUGUGUACCUUCUGUGUUUUGUCAACAUGUAAUGGGGGUAGCCAUGUUUGCAAUGUGAACAUAGACUCUAUGCCUUGUAUGCCACUGUGCCUUGUAUGCCGCUGUGCCAUCAGUCCUCGUGCAAUCACAUGUAACACUUACCACACUUUAAUGAUGUCCUGCAUGGUCUUAUAGCUGGCUAUUUGACAGAAUGUGCUUCCGCUCAUCCAGAAGAAUCAAUUCGAAAAUAAAAUAUGCUCACACAAGUUCAUCAGCAUAACCAUACCAUCAAUUGUGAAAUUUAAGAAGUUAACAGCAUUUUUAUUGGAGGUGUGCAAAUAUCAGCUGUUUCAUAUACAAAUCAAAUACAAGUAAUAAGUAUGUAAUGUCAAAGCGAAUAUGAAAUAUUCAAAUGUGGAUGUAUACGUUUACAGCAAGAACGUUUAUUUCACUGUAAUUAGGUACUAUGCAUUUGCUGACACAUGCAGGUAAGACAGCUAUCAGGGACAAAGGAUCGGUUUAAUCGCUAAAUCUAUGAUUGUCACUAAAGAAAGCUGCAUGAAUAAUCUUUCAUCUUUGGAGCCUUGCCAUAAACAAUAUUUCCAAAAAUGGAUAACUGCUGUAUGACUUGCUUUCCAAAAAUGUGAAAUAAAUGGUUGCCGUUUU